AUGGCUGCUAGCUCUGCCCCAGCAGCUUCGUUGCUCAAGCGACAGCUCAAAGAGAUGCAGGCUGGCAAGGAUAUUCCAGGCAUCUCAUGUGGCCUCGUAAACGAUAACAACAUCUUUGAAUGGGAGGUGAUGCUCAUGAUUAGCGACGACUGCAAAUACUACGGCGGAGGCAACUUCCGGGCUCGUCUAUCCUUUCCGUCGAGUUACCCUCACAUGCCACCCUCACUCACAUUUCAAGACCCCAUUCCUUUCCAUCCGAAUAUCUACGAAAACGGCAAGCUCUGCAUCUCCAUCCUCCAUCCUCCCGAGGAAGAUGAGUACGGUUACGAAGCAGCUUCUGAACGCUGGAGCCCAGUCCAGACGCCCGAAACUAUUCUUCUCAGCACCAUCAGUCUUUUCCACAGCCCCAACGACGAGAGCCCUGCCAACGUGGAGGCUGCACGUAUGUUCCGCGAGGAAAAGGAGGGCAAGAAUAAAGACUUCCGAAAACGUUGCAGAAAGUGUGUAAGGGAGAGCUUGGGAGAGGAUUAG